CUCUUCAGUUCAAACAAAAAAGAAAAGAAAAGAAAAGCGAAAAUUACCCAAUUGAGCCUCUUCGAGGAAACACAGGGGCACACCCUGCGAAUCUUAGCUAUUUCGGGGUAGUUAUUUUUCCCCCGCUCUCUUCGAUUCUGGACAUUCUUCCAGCUCCGAAUCCAAUCUUUGUGCAUAGUUCGGUUGAGGGUUUCCUUUUUAGACCGUGACGAAAAACCAUGUUUCUUCUUCGAUGGAACAGGUCCCGUACUUAGGGUUUGGGGUUGUGUUUCGGUUCCGAUACGGUUCGUGCAGGCAGAGUUUUGAUUCCUGUAGAUGGCGGCUGCCAACCCACAGCCCUUGCAGGCGCGUCCUUUAGAGGACCACAUGCGGGGCCCCAUACGGAUCGAGGACGAGGAGGGUGACUACGAGGAUGGUGGUGACGAUGCUAUGGAUGACGUCGAAGAUGCUCACAUGAAUUCUGUGAGCGUUGCGGAGCAUGGUGAAGUAAGAGUUGGAGGAGGAGCGGUGGUUAUGGCGUCUCGGACCAGUGAGCUUACUCUCUCUUUCGAAGGCGAGGUCUACGUGUUCCCUGCGGUGACGCCUGAAAAGGUACAAGCAGUGCUCUUGCUUCUAGGAGGACCAGAUGUACCAACUGGUGUGCCCACCUUUGAAGUACCUUUUAAUCAAAAUAACAGGGGUGUGGUUGAGACUGCAAAGCGCUCGAAUAUUUCACGAAGAAUAGCAUCCCUGGUCAGGUUCCGUGAAAAAAGGAAAGAGAGAUGUUUUGACAAGAAAAUUCGGUACACUGUGCGAAAAGAAGUUGCUCAAAGGAUGCACCGUAAGAAUGGACAAUUUGCAUCCCUGAAAGAAAGUCCCUCUACUUCAAAUUGGGAUUCUGCUCAGAGUUGCCUUCAAGAUGGUACUCCUACUGCAGAAACUGUUUUACGUAGAUGUCAACAUUGUGGAGUUGGUGAAAAUAAUACUCCUGCUAUGCGUCGUGGGCCAGCUGGACCAAGGACUUUAUGUAAUGCAUGCGGUCUAAUGUGGGCAAAUAAGGGAACACUAAGGGAUCUCAGUAAGGGGGGGAGGAAUGUUUCCACGGACCAUAUUGAACCUGUAACCCCAGUUGACAUCAAGCCGUCAAUUACAGACAGAGACUUAUGCGACAACCAGGAUGAUCAUGAAACUCCUAAAGACCCUUGCAAAAAGGCGGUAACUGAAGGAUCCAAUAAGUCUUCUGUCAACCAUGAUGAGGAAGAUUUGCAUGGAACUGCUUCAGAUCUUACAUGUACUCUUCCCAUGGGCGUUGUCCAUUCCUCAGCCACUGAUGAGGAGCAGGAACCUUUGGUUGAGCUCGGUAAUCCUUCAGAUAAUGAUAUAGACAUACCUGCUAAUUUUGAUUAGAAGGUCAAAGUUUAUGAUCCUUGUAAAGGAGGGGCAUUUAGGAUUAUAAGGUUGCUAUAAUUACAAACGACCAUGACGUGAAGUCCAAGUGCAGUGAUCAUCUUGUGACUGGAGGAAUUGCACUGCUGCUUUCGUCUGACAUUAGAUUCAUGGCAAUGGUUGAUGUUGAUAUAAGCGAUGGGAUCUUGCUCGUGUACAAGCUGUUAGGAGAGACGUUUGAGUGCUUUUACCUGUAUGUGAUUUAUUUUUAGCGCAGUUCUGAUUGCUUUAAUAGUAAUUACCACUUUUCAUUUUUAGUUUUAUAUGUCAAAAGUAUCAAGUGAGUGUUUGCCUGAUCUUGAUAAACCUCAGUUCUGUAGUUAAUAAGUGGGCUCGCCAAGUAAUUUAGAAACAUGGUGAUUUUCAUAAA